GCCUGGUCCUCCAGAGCUUCCUACCUACGGAGCCCCUGGCUUGCAGGAGGUCGCGCCCUGUGACCAGGGGCCCUGCUGACCGAGCGCCCGGCGUCGCACCUGUAGUGCUUAAGUGCAUCCGUAGCUUAGGUCCAGGGCCGCAACCAGAACAGACUCGUCGCCAGAGUUGGUUGGCGGGAUAGAAGAGGUUCAGGCUCCUGCUGAGGGCACGGCUGAUGCCGAAGCUUGGCCCUGAAGAGCAGGAGUUGGCUGGGGACACUGGGAGGCUGUGCUCUUCAGCAGUGACCAGUAUGUCCAAGCAGGACAUCCGUGAACGCAUUUGGGACUACAUGGAGUCACACAAUAUAGCUGACUUUCCCCGACCUGUCCAUCACAGGAUUCCUAACUUUAAGGGCGCUCCUCGCGCUGCAGAGCAUCUGCCACGCUUGCAGGCGUUCAGCCUGGCCAGAACCAUUAAAGUAAAUCCUGAUGCUCCCCAGAGAAACGCCCGCUUCCUUGUGCUGGAGAGCAAAAAAACAUUGUUGGUCCCAACCCCACGACUGAGGACUGGACUGUUUAAUAGGAUCACACCGCCCCCUGGAGCCACUAAAGACAUCUUGAGAAAAUGUGCCACCUCUCAGGGUGUGCGGAACUUCAGUGUCCCUGUAGGCUUGGAUUCCAGAGUCCUUGUGGACUUAAUUGUGGUGGGAUCUGUUGCCGUGUCUGAGAAAGGAUGGCGAAUUGGGAAGGGAGAAGGUUAUGCCGAUCUUGAAUACGCCAUGAUGGUGUCAAUGGGAGCAGUCCACGAGGGGACGCCAGUGGUCACCAUCGUCCACGACUGCCAGGUCGUGGACAUCAGCGAGGCUCUCCUGGAAGACCAUGACCUCACGGUCGACUACAUCCUCACUCCCACCAGGGUCAUCACCACAGGCUGUACGCGCCCAAAGCCAGCAGGGGUCAUGUGGUCCAAGGUCAGCUGUGAGAUGCUGGCGAAAAUCCCAGUUCUCAGGAUCCUCCGUGACCGGGAGAGGCAGGCCGGGAAGGAUGUCACCCUUCAGGCUGAGCCCAGCAGCCAGCAGCCAGCUCCAAGCACUACCAGGAGACCACAGGAUGCACAGCAGCCACGGACAAGGUCCCCACAGGGAGAGGACACCUCACUGGUUGCCACCAUAUGUGUGGGGAACCUGCCCCAUGAUACCUGCGUGAGCGAGCUGAAAAGAGUCCUUCGGGAACUGGGCGUGGCACCCUUGCGGCUCACCUGGCAGGGACCUCAGCGCAGGGCCAUCCUGCGGUACCCAGACCCGGCCACAGCCCAGCAAGCCGUCUCCCGCUUGCAAGACCUACACCUGGGCGCCAACACUUUGCGGGUGGCACUAGCUAGACAGUGGAGGGACACAUGACCUGUAGCUCCCAGGAGCAGAGCCACCAUGCUGGAGAGACCAGUAGGAACUGGCUGCUGCUGUUCCUGAGGAACCAGAGAGCCUGUGUGGCCAGCUGUGGACCUGCUAGCUUGUGAGAUGUUCUCACCUGGGAGGAAGUAGGGGAGGUACUCAGCAUGACCAGGUAGCUGUGAACUCUGACUCAUUCUGGUUCUGCUGGGGGCAGAUGGCUGGGGACAGAGAGGGAACAAGCGGUAGAGGCUUGACUGGUGUAGGAUGCGAGGAGAAGGAGGAGAAGGCAGACACAGGGCCUUCUAGGAGAGGCCAUGGCAGGAGCCAUCAAGGACAGAGCCAGAAAAGCGUCCGUGUCAUCCUCGGGAGCCUUUGGCGUGGCAUAGAAGUGUGGGGUGGGGAAUCUGUACUCUAAAUGCAGUGCAAAUCCUAGUUGACACCUGGGUAGCAAGUGCCCAACAUGCCUCAUGGCUGCGGCCUGGCAUCCUCCCAGGGUUGCACAGUUGCUGGUUCUCCAAGUUCUCGGUCCCAAACAGUCAGCUGCUCUUGCCUCACGAUCACGCGUCAGGUGCCAGUGAGCGGAGGUCACGGGCGUCUCUGCGGCAGGCUAGGCUUUUCAGCAGGAGCACAUUUGCAGUUGCUCUUGGGCAAAAAGUCAAAAUAAACACCUGAGCAGAAAUUUUCUUUCAGAUGUA